UCUUGCUAAAAGUUAUUGCGAAACUACGCUAUUCACGGGUGAUAUAAAGGUGACGGUGGAUGGUUUUUAGGACCGCUCGAUGUGUAUAGCUGGUUCAGGUGGAAAUCGAAAUUGCCCUUGAUGUCUCAUUUCAAGUCGGACUCGAACCUAAAGAUAAAAAGCUUGUACGCUUAAAAGAUAAAAAGCAAUCGCUUAUCGGUCUUCAACCGUCGCUUGUCAAGGCUGUCUUACAACCUUCGAAGAGCGAAAAAAAGAAAGCAAAUUAGCUAAGGAACUGUAAAACCCUAGGUCAGAUGUCUGGUCCUGGUAUUCAUCCUUAUCACCAACACCACCAUCAUCAACAACAAUGGCCACCUGCACCGCCACCAGUUCCUCCGCCAGUCGAAAACCUUAAUCGUACCCCUCCUGAAGAAGUUCGCACCAUAUUCAUAUCUGGUUUACCAGAAGAUGUAAAAGAAAGGGAAUUGCAAAAUUUAUUAAGAUGGUUACCUGGUUAUGAAGCAUCUCAAGUGAACUUCAAAGGAGAACAGCCGAUGGGUUUUGCUUUAUUUACUAAUUCCCACUUUGCUCUUAGUGCUAGAGAGGCUUUGCAGGAGAUGGUUUUUGAUGCAGAAUCUAAGUCUGUUUUGCAUACUGAGAUGGCAAAGAAGAAUCUUUUUGUCAAAAGAGGUGUUGUUGCUGAUGCAAGUUCUUUUGACCAAAGUAAACGCUUGAGAACUGGUGGUGAUUACACACAUACAGGUUAUGCAAGUCCAUCUCCUUUUCACCCUCCUCCUCCUCCACCUGUUUGGGGACACCAAGGGUACAUGGCUCCACCCCCUCCACCAUAUGAUCCUUAUGGAGGAUACCCCGUGCCUCCAUUAGCGAUGACUGCACCAGCCCCUCUACUGCCACCCGGUGGUUAUGCACCAGUCCAGAACACAAAAGAUAACCCUCCUUGCAACACUCUCUUUAUUGGGAAUCUUGGAGAAAAUACAGUGGAGGAAGAGUUGAGGGGAAUUUUUAGCGUGCGACCUGGGUUUAAGCAAAUGAAGAUGUUGAGGCAGGAAAGGAAUACUGUCUGUUUCAUUGAAUUUGAGGACGUUGGUAAUGCUGUUAAUGUGCACCAGACUUUGCAAGGUGCUGUUAUCCCGAGCUCUGGACGCGGCGGAAUGCGAAUACAAUAUUCGAAAAACCCCUUUGGGAAGCGGAAGGAUGGGAUUGCAGGCAGCAGUACACCCGAAGCUAAUGGGUCCAAUUACCAGCAGUAGCUUAAAGCCUCAAAGGGAUGAACUUUCUGCCCUUAAUUGCUCGUGACAAAUAGAGAAAAUUAGGAAAACCAGACUGUUUCUGCUACAUGUUAGAUGCAUUCCAUGCAUCUCAUCAUCAAGUCAUCAUCAUUAGCAUGUUUUUGUGUGAUAAUAUCUUAGAUUACUGUCAGCGCGUAUUCCAUUGUUGGAUGAUUCUAUAUUGCUAUCAUGCAUUUACUGGUGCAUUUGAGAGGCUUGGGUGAAUGACGAUCUUGGUUGCACAUUGUUUAAUCCAUAUUAAAGGGAAGAAAUGGUGCAUUGUUAGCUUGUUAGGUUAUUUGUUGGAUUUUCUGUAGGAGACAUAAGAUAUUAUGUUACUCGUGUUUGCAAUUUUGCAUUGAUGUUAUUAGGAUCAUGUCGUCGUUUUUCAUUUAUGCUCUUGUAAGAUCUCAUUUCAUGACAUGCGCUGCCUUUUCUUUAUAUCACGACACUUGAAUA